AUGGCGAAGAUGAUGAAGAUGAUGGCCAUGAAGGCCUCCAUGAAGAUGAUGAGCAUGAAGAUGAAGAUGGCCAUGAAGGUCUCCAAGAUCGCCAAGGGCAAGCGUGCCAAGUCCAGCGUCUUCAAGGGCACCAAGGCCAAGACCUCCGGUGGUCUCAAGAAGUCCGACUUGAAGAAGAACAAGCAGGGCAAGGUUGUGUCCGCCAAGGCCUCCGCUGGUACUGCUAAUUUCUUGAAUGUAUGUUCAUCUUGGUACUAGGGAUCGAUCUUGUUCUUGAAAGUGAUAUUAACUCUGGUACUUGUCAUCUUUGGUUUUUGGGACCACACUUUCUAGCAGCCCACACCAACUACAACUUCUUUUUCAUGUGUAUUCGUCAUCAGGUUGCCAUGAAAACGGACAUACAGGGGAAGAUAUCUAGAAAUCUACGUAGAAUGUAUUACUCAAGAUCUCAUUCAUCUCCUAAUAACCACACACCUCACGACACUCUCCAGCCGCCAAGAAGCGAAAGGGAUACAAGACCAUCGUCGCCUGGGGCAACGCCACCGCUAAGGCCCGCAAGGCCCUCGGCAUCAAGGGAUUCGUCCCGGUUGGUGGCAAGACCGCCGCGGGCAAGGCCCUCCUGUCCAAGGUCAAGUCCUUCCUCAAGUAAGAAGCUUGCCUCGCAGGGAACAAAGGAUGAGGAUUUGGAGAUGAGGUCGAGACACGGAGGUGGUCUCUCCCAAAAGACUGUCUUGUUGAAUGCGAUCUGCUUUUCUAGAGAGAUCUUUUCUGAUAGACUUUCUUCAAUAAAGUUGUCUUGAAAAUAGCGACACAGCAGCGGGUUCCUGUCGUGGUGUAAUCUACGCAGGUGUAUAAAACCCUGCGAUGCAAGUCAGUGGUGCGUUCCGCGGCUUGCACUGUGCUCGCGUUCGCUACAUUCGACGAGUCAUUUCGUGAUUCACUGAAAGACGCGAACAGCUUG